AUGGUGAAGUUCUCAAAGGAGCUAGAAGCUCAACUCAUACCCGAAUGGAAGGAGGCCUUCGUCAACUACUGGCAGCUCAAGAAGCAGAUUAAGAGAAUCAAGCUCUCAAGGGUUCCCAAACAAUCUCACCACCAUGUUAAACCACACUUUGCUCUAUCCAUUUUUGAUUCCUUUCACUUCUAUCUCAACAAAAUCGCUCACACUCUCCUGCCUUCCGACCACCAUGAUCUCAACAUCAUCCAGGUGAGGAAGAAAACCACAAAGGACAGUGAGGAAGAAAUCUACGAGACAGAGCUUGCACAGUUAUUUUCGGAAGAGGAUGAGGUACGUGUGUUUUUUAUGAGUCUGGAUGAAGAGCUAAACAAGGUCAACCAAUUUUACCGGAAACAAGAGGGAGAUUUUCUUGAGAGAGGAGAAACUCUGAACAAGCAGCUUCAGGUUUUGCUUGACCUCAAGAAAAUUAUCAGUGACCGUCGCCGGAAAACUUCUCCGUCGAAGCCAUAUAGCACCGGAACAUCCCCUCCAUAUUCUCCAACCCGAGAUUCUGAUUAUUCCGUUUGUGCAGAAAAUUUUGGAGAUUCCGAUGAAACAACUUCAGAAGUUUCACAAACGGAUGAGGUAAUCACAAGAUUAGAGAAAAAUGGUAUAAGUUUUGUUAAUUCAACGACGAGGGCAAAGACGAAGAAAGGAAAACCUAAAAUGGCAAUGAGAAUUGAUGUUCCAGCCACGAACCCAACUAGGGCCAUUACGGCCAUCACUAGCAUGCUGUGGGAGGAUUUAGUCAACAAUCCAACGGGAGAUUUCGUUCAGAAGAGAAAGCUCCAAUGUGCUGAGAAAAUGAUCAGAAGUGCUUUUGUGGAGCUCUAUAGAGGCCUUGGCCUGCUCAAAACUUACAGGUUCUUAUUUUACAUCUGA